CUGUCAAUGUGACCUGACUUUUCAGCGAAAGUUAGAAUAUUUUGUAACGAACCGACGUUAAUAUAUGUAGAGGACGGUGACCAAGGGUUCGCUGUCUCCUCAACAAAGGAUGAACGCAACAUUAUCUACUGGAGUCGAUAAAAUUUAAACUGAAAUGAAGUUGAAGCAAAACCACGUUUGCACAAAACAAAAAAAUUGGCGGACUUCUGGGAGGGAGUUUAGAACUCCCGCGUCCUGCGCUACAAAAAUUACGUAACAUCGGGGGAGGGUGGGGAUUACUUUUUUUUCUUUCCUUUUCUUUUCUUUUCUUUUCUUGGAGGACGUAUUUCAAACGUUUUAUCCAGAAUGAAACCCUCUUUAUGAUUUGACUUGUUAACCUGUUCUUCGAUAACAACUGAUCCGGGAAAUUUAACUCUUGGAGGUUUACUUGUUAACUUUUUCCUGAGACCUCCUCGCUGAAAUCAAGUUUAUUGCAUCAUUGCAACGAGGCUGCAAAAUAAACAUGGCGGCUCCCUUCGAUAAAAUUUACAGGAUGUACCGUCACUAAAUUCAUGGCCUGCUUCUACAGAGAAGCAAUGAAACCGUUUUUUACAGCUAAGAAAGAAAGGCUGAGCAGUGCAACAUGGCUUCCCUCGAGCAGGAACGUCAUAGGGAUGCUGAGUUCGGCAUCGCAUUGCCAUCGGAACUGUGGUUGGCCAUUUUCAAGAAAUUUCACCCCGUACACGACGACCUUUUUACGAUAAGUUUAGUUUGCAAGAAGUGGCGAGAUCUCAUCUAUACAAAUCCCGAUCCUACGCUUUGGGAGGACAUCACCCUAAUAAAUCUCAGAAACUGCAGCUACGAGAAUGCUACUUUUGUCAGAUUCAAAAAUAUCCUCAGAAGAUUUUGCCGUCAUAUCAAGCUUGUGCGGCUUCAAAAAUGCCACGAACUGUUCACAGAAAUCCUACUCAUUUAUGCAUCUUCCCUAACAGUUUUGAAUACUCUUGAAAUAACUGGAAUGUCAUGGUCAAAGAAACUACUUCGAAUGUUGAGAUGCCCCAAAUCACUGAAGACUGUGUUCCUAGAAGCUUCGUUGAUAUCAGAAGGAAUUUUUAAUCAAGAUGAUUUACAGUACAUUGUCGAAGGUUUUCCCCAAGUGAAAAGCUUUGGUUUGCAGUAUUCAGUUAUCAAACCAGAUUCUGUCACUGCAGUUAAAGGCGUUGUGUCUUCCAAGUACCGCCACCACGUAACAUGUUUGUUGCUAGAGAGAGUGAGAAUGGAGUCUUCUGAUCUCAAAGACAUUGUUAAGAAUCUGAAAGGGCUAAGGAAAUUUGGCUAUGGGAAUGACCAAAUUCAUGGUUUGCCAUCCAUUCAGCUGCUUCAAUUGAACUCUAAAUCAUUACUGGAAGUGGAGCUCUUCCAAGUUGGAGACUUUGCCAAGUUCCACUUUACAUUUCCUCAUGCAAAAAAGCUUAGCUUGAAUGGUUGUACCUCUGUGGGUGAACUGAGUAUUGAAGCAUCUGCAUUAAGGACUUUGCGUCUAUCGCUCUGUGUUGAGGUGCGCAACUUUAGGAGAAUCUCUGCAAGCUCCUUACGUGAGUUGACAGUUCGAAGAUGCAAUGCUCUUAUUCCAGCUGAACUCAUUAGCCUUUUGGUUAGAAAUCCAGAUAUCAAGUUACUAGAGCUUGAGGUGUACUGGUCAAGUUUAAGACUUGAUCAGCAUGCAACUCCAUCACUGGAAAAUGUUGCAAUAUUUGACAAUGGUGAGCGUUUGACUGCAGUUGACAUUCGCUGUCCUAAACUGCAGGAGUUGCUCAUCAAGAAGUCGAUGACUAGAUCCACCAUCUUGAAAGUGGUGUCAGUCUUGUCACAGAAUGUCAAGAAGGUUGUUCUUAAUGAUGUGCCUUAUCUUCGGAAAGUCAGCAUUGAUGCUGAGGAGGUCAAAUACCUGGAGGUGAAUUUUGAAAGGAGGUUAGAUCUCGUCAAGCCAGCUGAAUUUACUAAGCUGAAUUUUAGAAACAGGUCACGCCCUGUGAAAAUUGGCCAUCUUGUUUUAAAACGGUGCAAUCUCAAUGCACUAGCUUUUACCAGUUGUAACAUUCAGCACAUGUCCUUGGAAUAUUGCAACCUUGAUUGUCCCUUACGUGACAUAAUCCAGCAGUGUGGCCUUGUCAAGACUCUGACCUUGAGGAACUGUUAUGGCCCAUGCCAGCUCAAUCUGAGUAGUGCGCACCUCAAGGAAGUUCACAUUGUCUCCUGCACAUCACUGCUAAUGGACCACAUCAAUUUAGCUUGCCCAUCUCUUGAAGUGCUCGAUGUUUCUGGACUCUCUUUUUUACCAAGUGAGGAAGAAGUGGACGUCAUUGCUAGUAAUGUCAGAGAGCUGUCUCCAUUUCUUGGAUCUGUUAAGUUUUCUUGUUAGAAGGCAAUACAUAUCAUAGAAAUUGAUCUGGUUAUAGAUAUUUAGUGGUGUUUAAUAAUACUGCAUUGUUAUUUAUAAUGGAAUAUAAUAUUGGAUGCAUUGUGCAUUUAUAUCAAUCUCCAAAAAAGCUGAUUAAAACUUCUAAAACUUAAGUAUAUUUUAAAUCUGCUUUUCCUAUGAGUCAGUAAAAAAAGGAUUGUUAUUUAUAAUAAUGGAAUAUAAUACUGCAUGUGUUGUGCAUUUAUAUCAGUCUUCAAAAAGCUGAUUCAAACUUCCUAAGCUUUAAUGUGUUUUCAAAAAGCUUUCCUUAUGAGUCAAUAAAAAAGUGGACAUCAGUGCAAUUGUCCACACAGCCAGAGCAACUAGGAGUAUUUCUACUCCCCCUGGAUGGGAUGCUAGUCCAUCACAGGGUUAUCCCCAAGCAUUAAAUUCACUGGUACCCAUUUAGGCACCUGGUUGGAGAGAAGCACUGUGGGAGGUAGGAUUAGGGCAAUGACCCUAGCCAGGACUCGAAAGCAUAACUGCUCGAUCUGGAGUCCAGAGUAGCCUGCUAACCAUUCGGCCACCGUGCCUCCACGAAAAGCUGAUGAAAACUUCUAAAACUUCAGUGUAUUUUUUAACGAGUUUUCUUCAUGAGUCAAUAAUGGGUCGCACUGAUUAAAGCCCUGGCCAAACGGAGUCGCUAGUAGACGCAAGU